AUGGCGCCUCCUCAAGAUGGAAAAGAAGCUGAAGUCAAAGAGGAAUCUGUACCUCAACGCCCAAUCUCCAAUGUCGUUUUUAUUAUCGCUAUGAAGACGGAGGCUUCACCUCUAGUGGAAAAGUUCCAGCUCACCGAAGAAUCCAAUUCUGUGUUUCCGAAGGGGGUCCCGUGGGUGAGGUACAGUGGAAAAUAUAAAGAUCUGAAUAUCAACAUUGUUUCCCCUGGAAAAGACAUAGUUUUGGGUGUUGACAGCGUAGGCACAGUGUCUGCAUCACUUUUAACUUAUGCUUCUAUUCAAGCUUUACAACCAGACCUUAUCAUAAAUGCAGGCACUGUUGGAGGUUUCAAGGCAAAAGGUGCUUGCAUAGGUGAUGUAUACCUUGCAUCGGAUAUUGCUUUCCAUGACCGAAGAAUUCCUGUCCCUGUAUUUGACCUGUAUGGUGUAGGCACACGACAAGCUUGCUCAACGCCCAAUCUUGUGAUGGAACUAAAUUUAAAGAUUGGCAAACUGUCCACUGGUGAUUCUUUAGAUAUGUGCCCACAUGAUGAAACAGCAAUCAUUGCAAAUGAUGCCACUGUGAAAGACAUGGAGGGAGCUGCUGUUGCUUACGUGGCAGAUCUUUUGAAAACACCUGCAAUAUUUUUGAAAGCUGUUACCGAUAUAGUUGAUGGUGACAGGCCAACAUCCGAGGAAUUUUUGGAAAAUUUGGUCGCAGUCACUGCUGCACUUGAUCAAGCAGCCACUCGAGUUGUUGAUUUCAUCAAUGGGAAGAAUCUAUCAGAACUUUAA